CUCAACACCCAAACGGGGACGUCCCCGGUUGAAGACGAUCAUACUCUGCCCUCGCUCCUGGCUGGCUCCCAAGGUUAACAACAAUGGCACAUGCCAUUGCACAAGCCUGACGACACACGCCUCUGACGCAGAGAAAUCCCGGCAGAGAGACAUCCUACUUAAGGAGAGAGGCGGCUGCUCACACCGACACAUUUUCACUCGGCACACCCGACGACCACACCGAAAGCAUGGAAGGCCGCAAGGUGUAUAUCCUGACAGCACUCCUCGUCCUCAUGACCUUCACUGGCAGAACACACUCAGCCAGCUGCUGUUUGGGGUACAGUGUCGCCAGGUUGCCGUGCAAAAAGCUGCUGGGCUACACCAUCCAGAGCAUGGGCAAGUCCUGCGACAUCAACGCUGUCAUCUUCCACCUGCGCAGAAAGUUCUUGUGCGCCGACCCGUCCAAGGACUCGACCCAAAGAGGGAUGAGGUGCAUCGAUGAGCGCAGGAGGAAGAGCACAGAGGCCACCCAGCGGAUGUUUGCAGCCAAUAUGACCACCACUGCAGCAUAAACGCAAUAUUUACUUGCGAUCAUUUGUGCUUCACUUCCUCUGCGGCAAAGAUACACACGGUCAGAUAAGCUAUGUUUUAUGAAGAGCAAAGAGUUGGAUUUGGAAUACUUUGUAACGUCCGCACAUGAUUAUGUUCACUGGAGUUCUCAAAUGUUGGAAAAGCUACUGCCUGAUAAUUUAUUAAACACAUUUUAAUACCACCCGUG